GAUCAGAUGGCGGCGAGUGUCUCUCCCACGGGCCCCCACGCACACGCAGCAGGAACAGAAACAGCGUCCUUAACAAUGGCGACGCCCGGGCAAGUACGAGGAGCCACGAGGGACAAACCUUUCGAUCUCGCCCUGAAGAAGUUCAAGAUGUCACUGAUGAGUCAUCGAUGCGACAUUGACCUGUGUCACGGCCGUGGAAAAUUGACCCCGGGGGAGUUUUGAAAGAACAACAAGUUGCCGUCAUGUCGAGGUAUAACUUCUCGCUGUGCUUGAUGGUGCUCGCCUCCCUGGGACGGUCGGGGAGCGACGAGCCCAAUCUGCCGCUGCAGCCCCCCACGGACGCCGGGCCGUCGCUCCCGGACGAGGACGCCGGCGCCCACGAGUGCUCCGCCUGCGUGUGGCGGGAACAAAGCAAAGUGCUGCGGCUGGAGACCAUCAAGUCGCAGAUCCUCAGCAAGCUGCGCCUGAAGCAGGCGCCCAACAUCAGCCGCGAGGUGGUCAACCAGCUGCUGCCCAAGGCGCCGCCGCUCCAGCAGCUGCUGGACCACCACGACUUCCAGGGCGACGCCGCGUCCCAGGACGAGUUCAUGGAGGAGGACGAGUACCACGCCACCACGGAGUCCGUCAUCACCAUGGCGUCUGAGCGUGAGUAG